CAUUUUCCUGUGCGCGGCCGACCCAAACGGAAGCAUCGGCCCGCCCAACCCCGACACGCACCCAAACCCUCGCUGCCUCUCCCACCGUCGGCGGCGGCAACCGACCACCCCACCGUGCCGCCGUGAUCGAGCCGCCACGCCGCUGGGAUUGAGCCGCCGCGCCGCGUUCGAAGGCUCGCUGUCCGCAGCCGAACCGUCCCAUUUCGGUCCGUGGAAUCUGAAGUUCCCAGCCAAAGUUUCUCAACUCAGUUGUAUUACUAGGAAGAGAGGUAACAACGGUUCCAGUUGGCUGAUGGAUGGGUCUAAGGAUAAUGCCAAAGAAGACGUCUAUCAUGUUAUAGGGGACUUACGAUCGCCAAAAAUACCAAGGAGAAGUCCUGAUGGUUCCAAGGAUAGGGAAUUUGAUAGGACGGGGAGAGAGGAUGAGAAUGAUUGUGACUCUUCAAGAAGUGAAACUUCUGCAGAUAGGGCCGAUACAAGGGGCAGGAGGUUCAGUAGCACAGAGAAUAUCAAUGAGAGGAGAGGAUCUGUGGUGGCACAGAACAUUGGUGAAGAUAGCAGAUUAUUGCAUCUAACAAAUGGGAGAUCAAAGAGGACCGUCAAUUACACGAAAGUUGAGGACAUUGCGUUGGUCAAGGCAUGGGAGGCUGUGACAAUCAAUGCGGUGACUGGCAAUGAUCAAACUGGAAAAGGAUAUUGGCAACGUAUUUUGGACAAGUUUCAUCAGUUAAUGCCGGAACCAUCGCCACGCUCAUUGAGAUCUCUCCAAGGACGAUAUGAUACCAUAAAACAAUCUUGUAGCCGGUGGAGUACUUGUUUGGAGGAAGUGAAAAAUGCUCCUCCAAGUGGUUGCACUGACUAUGAUCGCAUUGCACAAGAAAGAUACAAGCAAAUAGCCGCGUCCAAAGGCAAAACAUUUGUGCUCCAACAUUGUUGGAAAUUGCUUGAACAUAGUGAGAAGUGGAAUUUGAGGGAUAAAGAAGCUCCUCCAACGGAGAAAGGGAUAUCAAAUAGCCUCUCCAUCGACUUGAAAGACAAUGACAAUGAGCAUGACAAUGACCAUGACCAUGACCAUGACCAUGACCAUGACCAUGACCAUGACAACGACAACGACAAUGACAAUGACAAUGACAAUGACAAUGCCAAUGCCAAUGCCAAUGACAAUGACAAUGACAAUGACCAUGACCAUGACGAUGGCGAUGCUGCUGAUGAUGAUGACGAUGGUGGUGGUGAUGAUGAUGAUGAUGAUGAUGAUGAUGAUGACGACGACGAUGAUGAUGAACCGAUGCCGGCAAGAAACAAAGGGAGACCAGAUGGAAUGCGGAAGGGGAAGGACAAUUUGAAGAAGGCCGAGGCCAAAAGCAUGAGAGAGAUCAAUGAGUUGAUGAAAUCAAGGCAAGCAAUGGUGGCUGAAGCUUUGCAAGCAAAAGUUGAGUUGGCCGAGAAGAAGCAACAAGAUAAGAUGACGAUUUGGCAACAAAUUAGAGCUGAGGAGAAGCGCAAGAUGGACUUUGAGGAGCGUAGACUCCUUCUCAAGGAGAACAAGAUGAGGCUAGAGAUCAUUGCCGAGGAGAGCCGGCUCAUGAUGAUGGAUCCAAGUGGAAUGGACGACAAGGCGAGGGAAUAUUGGGAGACUAGAAGGGGGGAGAUCUUGCGAUCAAGAAUAUCUUGGCCCGGGGUGAUGGGAGGUGGAGCUUUGGCUAGUGGUGGUAGCGAUGGUGGUGAUGGAAGCGGUGGUGUUGCUUGAUUAUCCUGGGGCAUUUGAUUCAUACUUUUGGUGAUGUUGGAUUGAAGGCUAUUGUCAAGUUUGAAAAUUGAAUGUUCAGAAUUUAAUAACUAUUGUCUAAUGUUGAGUAUUGAAAACCAUUGUGAAUGUUGAAUAAUGAAAUCCCAGUAAAAAUGUUAUUUAUCUGCAA